AUGGUUAGAGGAGACGAGUACGCUGUCCGUCGAGUAUUACCAAAACAGAGGAGAACACGCACAUGCAAUAAUCCGGCGCCUAUAAAUGAUGGGCAUCUUUGUGAAGGAACUAGCGAACAAUUCAAAGAAUGUACUCACUCAUGCCGACUGGAUGGUACGUGGGGACAAUGGGAACCUUGGUCACGCCAAUGUGAUGUAAAUUGUCAACGAGAACGAAAACGAAAGUGUGCAGCUCCAGAACCAUCAAACGGCGGCCAUGCGUGUGUUGGACCAGCACAACAAUGGCAAAAUUGUACAGCAAGUUCAAGAACAGAGGAUAUACCAGAAAAUUGCUUGUCCGGUUCUGGUUCACGUUUUAUAUCAUCUCUCCCUCAUUCCUCGUUCUCAUCUUCAUCACGUCCACUUUUUGAUUCACAAUUGUUAGCAAUUGCUUCACUUGGUUGUGUUGCUAUUCUACUUUUAGUCGUUGCUUUACUCGCUGCUCUUCUCUUUUUUGCUCGUAAGAAACGCGCAAAAGGUAUUUGCGGAGAAAACAUUGGUGGAGUGGGUUCUGGAAUGAUUGACGGAAUGACAACAGGAAUAUUUCUUGACAGCGAAGAGAAACUUUAUUUCCCCAGUGUAGCAGUUGCUACAACAACAGAAGAUGAAAUGGGCAAUGUUCGAACUGUUCUUCUCAGUUCAGACGAGCAAAAACAUUUGAAGAAUGGACUAUUAGGAGCAGCCAGUGUAGGACCAUCACCAGCACGAAUGUACUCAGGCGCAAACGCUCUUCAUUCAACUGUUUCUACUCCUACACCUUCAAUGCAGAUGACUAAUGGAAAUGGUCAUUUUAUGACUACCUUCUAUACACUUAGAAGCUGUGACAGUCGGAAUGGAUGUGACAGCCGUGAAUCAGUUCAACCAUAUGCAAGCGGCCAUAUCAGUGUUCAGCGGCCGUCAAGUCGAAUGGUAAAACCAGCUCUUCGACAACGACAAAAAGAUAUUGCUGCACUAUUGCCCGAAUAUUCAUCUGGCUCUUCUUCUUCUAAUGGUUCACAGCGAGAUAAAAAUGCAGCAGAUCAUUAUCAUAACGAUAACCAGUCAAUUCUUUCAAUCAGAGAUGAGGAUAAAGAAGAUGAAAAUAAUUAUGCUACACUUUAUGAGGAAGUAGUAGAACAAAAUACUAGUAGCAAAAAAGAAGCUUCUACUGAAUUAUUAGCUGACGACGAUUCUUCAUCAAUGUGUACAAUGCUUUAUUAUAAUUCUCGUUUAAAUUUUAUACAUUCAUAA